AUGGCUGCUCUUGCACUUGCUCCCAUUGACCCCGACACUCCAUCUUUUGAUGGAUAUGAAUCUGGUGGUUCAUAUGGUCAUUGUCGUCAACUUCAACUGGAGGAUACAAUCAUACCAGAUACAUGUGAUGAAGAUAAUCAGUUCGAUCCUUCGUUUGAAACAGAUGCCGAACCUAAAUUCAAAUCCAGUGCCAACUCCAAUGACAAUUCUGCUCAAGAGGUGAUCAAGUCCGACCCCAAGAAGAACAAAACUAAAAAUGUUGCUUCAAACACCGAGAAGAAGUCACCAUCAUCUGCUGAUGCUGCUGUUGCAAAAGAAAAACGUCCCCGAGAAGGAUUAACGUGCAAUGCUAGCGUGGCCAAGAAGAUGAAGAAAAAGAAUGUGAAAAAGGAGCCAAUACCAGAAAUUGAUGAGGAUGCUCAUGUUGCUGAAGAUGACCAAGUUGUUGAGAAGAAAAAAAAGCAGCAUAUCAAGAAGAAGAAGAAGAAUUCGGUGUCCAGAGAAGAGAUGAAAACAAGCAAUGACUGUGCGGAUCAUGAGAAAGUGGAGGAGAAGAAAGAGAAGGGUGGGUUUGCUGAUGUUAUGAAAGCGUGUGAGAGGUACUUAGGAAGUCAUGUAGUGGAUUGGAGGUGGAUAAACGCUGAAAGAAUGGUCAAGCUUGAGAAGAUGUGGGUGAAACUUAGAGGUGCAGAAUCUGUAUUUCGGUCGUUGCAAGCCGACUUUGAUGCAGAGCUGCAUCGUGUGGCAGUAGAUGCCUAUAUCUCAUACGAGGACCAUUCUUAA